UCAUGCUGCUGCCAGGUCCAGAGUGUGUCAUGGGUCCCUGUACGGCCUCCCAUUGCUGCUGUCUCCAUCGCCACACUCUGCCAUGUGCCACUUUCAGGUCUCCUCACACUGCUGGUGGGUUCCAUUUUGUCAUAGGGUGCUGGUGCUGUAUGGCCUCCCAUUGCUGCUGCCAGGCCCGUAAUCUGCCAUGGGCCCCCGUACUGACUCCUCAUGCUGCUGCCAGGCCCGUAAUCUGUCAUGGGCCCCUGUACCGCCUCCUCAUGCUGCUGCCAGGUCCAGAGUGUGUCAUGGGUCCCUGUACAGCCUCCCAUUGCUGCUGU